ACUGUAGAUGGUAAUGUAUUGUUUAUUAUUCAGGUGGUAUUGGUGUUCAGGGGUGUGUGUGCUAGAAUUACAUUCAGUGAUGGCUUCAUUCGGCUGUCUUUAUACUUACAGAAAAUGCUUGAAGAUCAGAACCACUGGGAAGUCUGUUGAUUGCUAUUUCCUGAGUGUCUUGAAGACAUAACAUCCAUCAGGCAUGGCGCAGGGCAGCCUGCAGCUUGAUAUGCAAGUACUCCAUGACCUACGGCAACGUUUCCCUGAGAUUCCAGAAGGCGUGGUAUCUCAGUGCAUGCUCCAGAAUAACAACAAUCUUGAUGCUUGUUGUCGAGUUCUUGCACAAGAGAGUAACAAAUACCUGUAUAUGGAGUACCAUAGCCCAGAUGACACCCGAAUGAACAAGAACCGCCUACUGCAUAUUAACCUAGGCAUUCAUCCUCAUGCCAGUUAUCAUGGAGGGGAUGGAGCUCAACUUAACGGUGGCCGUACACUGGUACACAGUUCAAGUGAUGGACAUAUUGAUCCACAACGCACAGGAGGUAAACAGCUAAUAUGUUUAGUGCAAGAACCACAUUCUGCUCCAGCCGUUGUGGCAGCUUCUCCCAACUACAAUCCAUUUUUUAUGAAUGACCAGAAUAGAAAUGCAGCUACACCUCCUCCACAACCACCUCAGCAACCUUCUUCCAUGCAACCUGGAAUGAGUACAUCUGCUAUGCAAGGCCCUCCUCCUCCUCCUACAUAUAUGCACAUACCUCGGUACAGCACAAAUCCUAUAACUGUUACAGUGUCCCAAAACCUCCCUUCUGGACAGACUGUACCCAGAGCUUUACAAAUUCUUCCCCCAAUUCCAAGCAAUCCUUAUGGGAAUCCUGGCUCUCUCUACAUAAGACAGACGUCUCAAAGUUCAUCAGGCCGACAGACUCCGACUCAAAGUGCACAGUGGCAUCAUUCAUCGCCACAAGGUCCAGUUCCACAUUACAGUCCGCAUCCACUACCUGUCUACCCACACCAACAGAAUUAUCAGCCGUCUCAGUAUUCGCCAAAACAGCCCCAGAUUCCUCAGUCCCCUUUUCGAUCGCCACCUACUUCUCAAUGUCCUUCCCCUUUUGGCUCACCUCAGCAUCAAGUUCAGCCGACCCAACUAGGCCAUCAGAGUUCCCAUGUGUUUAUGCCUCCCAGUCCUUCAGCUGUUCUACCCCAUCCAUAUCAACAAACCCCCCAAACUUAUCAAAAGCCAGGUGGACACUCAGUAUCUUAUCUCCCAUAUGGCGGACCUAGUUUAUCUAAAGGCUCAAUGAACAAGAUAGAAAUUACGGUUGAGCCACCACAAAGACCUGGGACUGCAAUGAAUAGGAGCCCUUCACCUAUAGGUAGCCAACCGUCCCAAAGGAAUCAGCAUCCACUGUAUGCACCUGGUACGCCUCCUUCCAGUUCUCCUUCCAGAAGUAUGUCAGGCCAACCAAAACCUCCCUAUAGUGUUAAUCCUGUAUAUAUAACGUACACACAGCCAACUGGAUCUCCAGGUGUACUUACACAGUCCCCCCGAGUCAUGGUAUCUCAGCCAAAUCCAGCAGUUUUUAAAAUCACUGUAGGCCGUGCACCAGCUGAGAACCUUUUAAAUUUAGUGGACCAAGAAGAGCGUUCUGCAGCACCAGAACCUAUUCAGCCCAUUUCGGUUGUACCAGGAUCUGGAGGUGAAAGAGGAAGCCAUAAGUACCAGAGGAGUUCCAGUUCUGGAUCUGAUGACUAUGCUUAUACUCAAGGUAAGUUAAUUGUCUUUCAGAAAAUCUAUUUUUCUUUUUUAAAAACUAAGAAAAAAUGGUCCAGCUGUAUUGGUUAGAUUCUUGUUACUUUAAACUUCGAAUAGUCUUCCAGAUUCAUAAAGCAGUCUGAAGAACCAUACUCUAUUUAUUUAUUCUGGAUUAGUUAAUAAAUGUUGAACUUUUUGUUACAUGAGAGAAUCUGGAAGAAAUAUGCACUACUUCAGUUUACUAUAGCAACAAAGAAGCAUCUGCUUUUGCUGUGUGAUGUCACAACAAAUUGUACGGAUGCCAUACAUUGACCAGAGUUUUUUUGCAUUGCUACACUGGGUGGAUUAUGCUUACCAUGAAAGAAAAAAAAUACUAAGCAUGCUAGCAUCAACUACUUGCUUUAAUGAUGCUGAUGCUUGGUCAUACUGAUAUGUAUUGUCAAAAUGAAUUGUUAAAUUUAUUGGAUGGAAAUCAGUGACACACUUUUUAAAGGAAACAAAUAUUAUGAGGUAUUUAUUUAUCGUGUCAGGGGCAGACCAAACAGUUGCAUUGCAUUUUUUAACAAACAAACAAACAAAACACAAAGUUUGCAAGCUUGGUGGUAGAUUUAAUGUCCUUUGACCAGUAGCUGGCCACUUGGAGUGCCUCUGAUGUUGCUGCAAGAAGGUCCUCCAUUGUGCAUGUGACAGGGCUCAGGUUGCAUUGCAGCAGGUGGUCUGUAGUUUGCUCUUCUCCACACUCGCAUGUCGUGGAUUCCACUUUGUAGCCCCAUUUCUUGAGGUUGGCUCUGCAUCUUGUGGUGCCAGAGCGCAGUCUGUUCAGCGCCUUCCAAGUUGCCCAGUUUUCUGUGUGCCCAGGGGGGAGUCUCUCACUUGGUAUCAGCCAUUCAUUGAGGUUCUGGGUUUGAGCCUGCCACUUUGCGACUCUCACUUGCUGAGGUGUUCCAGUGAGAGUCCAUGUAGAUCUUAGAAAGCUAUUUCUUGAUUUAAGUCGUUGACAUGCUGGCUGAUAUCUAAACAGGGGAUGAGCUGGAGAUGUCAUUGCCUUGGUCCUUUCACUAUUGGUUGCUA